UUUGGCGCUGUGGACGCAGGGGAGGGAGCCGUGUCUAUUUAAAGAGGGUCAUCCAGUCACGGAUAAAUAACAGAGGGUCCACGGCGUUGACUAACCCCCUCUAAAUGGUCUUCAUCCUCCACUGUGUGUCUGUCUGCGGAUACUUAUUGUUUAUUAGUCAGCUGUGACAACCAUCCGCCGACCCGCGUCAGGCCAGUCUACCAGCUCUGCUCCAGGAGCUCUAGCCCCCUUUUUAUUUGUUAAUUUCUUAUUUUUCUUAUAGGGGGAUAAGUGGGUUAAAAAUGGGCAAAGAUUACUAUAAAACGCUGGGUAUCUCUAAAGGAGCCACGGAUGAGGAUAUAAAAAAAGCUUACAGAAAACAGGCGCUGAAAUGGCAUCCGGACAAAAACAAGUCUGCAGCCGCCGAGGAGAAAUUUAAGGAAAUCGCCGAAGCAUAUGAAGUCCUCAGUGAUCCGAAGAAAAGGGAAAUUUAUGAUCAGUAUGGAGAGGAAGGUCUCAAGGGAGGAAGUGGGCCCACUGGUGACGGACAAGGCACCACUUUCACCUACACCUUCCACGGAGACCCUCACGCCACCUUCGCCACUUUCUUCGGAGGCUCCAACCCCUUCGAGAUGUUCUUCGGGCGUAAAGCGAACGGGCGAGACGACGAGGACAUGGAGGUGGACGGAAACGACCCCUUCGGCUCCUUCACCAGCUUCAACCUGAACGGCUUCCCCCGUGACGGCCACGUGGGCCUCGGGGGGCAGCAGCGGCGGAAGCAGGACCCGCCCAUCAUCCACGAACUGAGGGUCACCCUGGAGGAGGUGUUCCACGGCUGCACCAAGAGGAUGAAAAUCUCCCGCAAAAGGCUAAAUCCAGAUGGCAGGACCAUGCGCACUGAGGAUAAGAUUCUCACUAUCGAGAUUAAGCGGGGCUGGAAGGAGGGAACCAAGAUCACGUUCCCCCGGGAGGGAGACGAGUCUCCAAAUACUAUUCCCGCUGACAUUGUUUUCGUCAUCAAGGACAAACCACACCCCCACUUUAGGCGGGAGGGCUCCAACAUUGUGUAUCCAGUGCGUGUGAGCUUACGACAGUCGCUGUGCGGAUGCUCCGUCACCGUGUCGACGAUAGACGGGAAGACGUGCAACAUGAAGAUCACGGACGUCGUCAAGCCCGGCAUGAGAAAAACUGUAGCCGGACAGGGUCUCCCGUUCCCCAAAAACCCCGAGCAGAGAGGAGACCUGGUGGUGGAGUUUGAUGUGAACUUUCCUGAGUCUUUGCCGACAAACGCCAGAGAUGUCCUGAAACGGCAUUUACCUGCUUAGGAAGAAAUAAACGAGGGAGACAGAGCCACAUGACACACAUACUUACACACACACACUUACACACACACAUGUAUAAGGACAGUUCUGACAGUUCACAGAUGGACCCCCCCCCUUCCCAAAUGGCGAAUGUGCAAUUUCUAUUUUUGAGCUAUGUGGUGUUUUUAUAAAUGCCAUGCAUGCUGCCAAGUUGAUACAAGUGCGAGCGAAAGGCUGUUGAUAUCUGAACGUGCACAUUUCAUGUUUGUGGGCCUUUGCCAGUUUUUCGUUAGUUGGAAAUGUUUUGGUGUGAAUGAGUCUACAGCUGCAAAAGCAAAAAAACAAACUUUAGUGUCAAACAGCUCGUUGUCUUACUUUAGACUCGUCAGGCUUCACGUUUGCUUUGCCGCGAGCAGUGAACUUUGAUUUGGAGGCUCUUUGAAUUUGAGGUGGAAGGUGGUCGAAUGAACUCAGCAGGUGCAAUGUGUGCAUUUUAGAAACUUACCUGUGAAAAUACCUUGACUUGAAUUUUAAAAUGAAUAUUUACACGCAAACUGACUCGAGCUGUUUCAGCCACGGAGAGGCAUUCAGAGACGCGUCCUCCUCCGGGAUAUAAACAGUCAUCGCUUUAAAAAGACAAAAAAAAAGUUAAUACCGCUUAGGAUUAUUUAUAGUCUGUGUAGCAUUAUUAUUACACAACAUGGGUUCUUUGCAGCCCAGGGGGGAAUGAAAUGAACCUAUAUUUUGAUAGUCAAAUGUGAAUAAUUUGCUGUUGUAAAAAAUGUUUCUGAUGUGCAAAAUGAAAAUUAAAAAUACCUUGACUGA